ACCAAAAGGAGACAGGAAAAAAUAGAGUGAGAGAAGUUUUCGGAGAGAGAAAGCAAGAGAGAGAGAGAGAGAUAAGAAGGGAAACGCGGCGGCUGGAGCUGAGGGGCGGAGACGGAGGCGGCGGCGGCGGCGCGGCCAAACCCUAGGCGGUGGCUGUGCUGUUGAGCAGGGAGCUCCUGGAGGCGCCGCCUGGCGGCCGGAUUCGAGCCGCCGGCGUCGGCAGCUGCAGAUCGGCGGUCGCGCCGACGGAAUCGGCCGGGGAUCCCGGCGGCAUGGGCGCGGCGAGGCCCGUGCUUUGGUUGUGAGCUUGCUUUCCCCGCGGGUUCUGGCUCUGGGCUCGCAAGCUAGGUUCUGAGCUCGCGGUGUGUGUUUGCUGUGGUUUUUGGCGGUGGUUUGGAGCGGGUUUUGUGGGGGGAUUUGGGAGGGGAUCUGCCGGGAAGGCCGGAGGUUUAGGCGGGUUUUUGAGAGCUGGAGGCUCCGGGUGGGAUCGGGGGAGCCAUGUCGUCUCUGAGCAGGGAGCUGGUGUUCCUCAUCCUGCAGUUCCUCGAUGAGGAGAAGUUCAAGGAGACGGUGCACAAGUUGGAGCAGGAGUCUGGCUUCUACUUCAACAUGAAGCACUUCGAGGACCUUGUGCAGGGCGGCGAGUGGGACGAGGUGGAGAAGUACCUCAGCGGCUUCACCAAGGUGGAGGACAACCGCUACUCCAUGAAGAUCUUCUUUGAGAUCCGCAAGCAGAAGUACCUUGAGGCCCUUGAUAGGCAUGAUAGGGCCAAGGCUGUGGAGAUUCUCGUGAAGGAUCUCAAGGUAUUCGCCUCCUUCAAUGAGGAGCUGUUCAAGGAGAUAACACAGCUGCUGACGUUGGAGAAUUUUAGGCAAAAUGAGCAGCUAUCCAAGUAUGGGGACACAAAGUCAGCUCGGAAUAUCAUGCUCUUGGAGCUCAAGAAGCUCAUUGAGGCGAACCCACUGUUCCGGGACAAGCUGAAUUUCCCACCAUUCAAAGCUUCGAGACUUCGCACGUUGAUCAAUCAAAGUCUGAACUGGCAACAUCAGCUCUGCAAGAAUCCCAGACCAAACCCAGACAUCAAGACACUUUUUACUGAUCACUCUUGUGCUGCUCCUACCAACGGAGCAAGAGCUCCUCCGCCUGCCAAUGGGCCCCUUGUUGGAUCCAUCCCUAAGUCAGCUGGAUUUCCACCAAUGGGUGCUCAUGCUCCAUUUCAACCUGUGGUGUCGCCAUCUCCGAACGCUAUUGCAGGUUGGAUGACGAAUGCCAAUCCCUCUUUGCCUCAUGCUGCUGUUGCACAAGGACCACCUGGCCUUGUUCAGGCUCCAAACACAGCGGCAUUUCUAAAGCAUCCAAGAACCCCUACAAGUGCACCCGGCAUUGAUUACCAGUCUGCAGAUUCAGAACAUCUCAUGAAAAGGAUGCGUGUAGGGCAACCAGAUGAGGUAUCUUUCUCUGGUGCAAGCCAUCCUGCCAAUAUGUACACUCAAGAAGACCUUCCCAAACAAGUGGUUCGUACCCUUAAUCAGGGUUCUAACGUUAUGAGCCUGGAUUUCCAUCCUGUUCAACAAACCAUCCUUUUAGUUGGAACAAAUGUGGGCGACAUUGCGGUAUGGGAAGUUGGUUCACGCGAAAGGAUAGCUCACAAGACUUUCAAAGUUUGGGAUAUUGGUUCCUGCACAUUGCCUUUGCAGGCUGCACUGAUGAAAGAUGCUGCAAUAUCUGUCAAUAGAUGUCUGUGGAGCCCUGAUGGAACUAUUCUAGGUGUUGCUUUCUCGAAGCAUAUUGUUCAGACAUACACAUUCGUACCUAAUGGGGAUUUACGGCAGCAAGCAGAGAUUGAUGCACACAUUGGUGGGGUUAAUGACAUAGCCUUCUCCCACCCCAACAAGACUCUAUCUAUCAUUACGUGUGGGGAUGACAAACUCAUUAAGGUGUGGGAUGCUCAAACAGGACAAAAGCAAUACACGUUUGAAGGCCAUGAAGCUCCAGUUUAUUCUGUAUGCCCGCACUACAAGGAGUCCAUUCAGUUUAUCUUCUCUACCGCCAUCGAUGGAAAAAUCAAGGCAUGGUUAUAUGAUUGCUUGGGCUCAAGAGUUGACUAUGAUGCUCCUGGACAUUGGUGUACUACUAUGGCUUACAGUGCUGAUGGGACAAGGCUUUUCUCUUGUGGUACUAGUAAAGAAGGUGAUUCUCACUUGGUUGAGUGGAAUGAAACUGAAGGGGCUAUUAAGAAGACAUACAAUGGCUUCAGGAAACGUUCGCUCGGUGUUGUUCAGUUCGACACAACCAGAAACCGCUUCUUGGCUGCUGGAGAUGAAUUUCUUGUUAAAUUCUGGGAUAUGGAUAACACCAACAUAUUAACAACAACAGAUUGUGAUGGCGGACUUCCUGCAAGCCCUCGUUUGAGAUUCAAUAGAGAAGGCUCAUUACUCGCUGUUACAACAAGUGAUAAUGGAAUAAAAAUACUUGCCAACACUGAUGGGCAGCGCUUGCUUAGGAUGCUCGAGAGCAGAGCAUUUGAGGGCUCUAGAGGACCUCCUCAACAAAUAAAUACCAAGCCUCCAAUUGUUGCCCUCGGUCCUGUUUCAAAUGUCUCCAGUCCUAUAGCAGUGAAUGCCGAGCGGCCUGAUAGGAUAUUGCCUGCAGUGUCAACGAGUGGCUUGGCACCUAUGGACGCAAGCAGAACUCCAGAUGUUAAACCGAGAAUAACAGAUGAAUCUGAAAAGGUCAAAACCUGGAAGUUGGCUGACAUUGUGGAUAAUGGACAUCUUCGAGCCCUGCAUUUGUCAGAUACAGACACGAACCCAAGCAAGGUCGUACGUUUGUUAUAUACAAAUAAUGGGAUUGCACUGUUGGCUCUUGGCUCCAAUGCUGUUCAUAAGUUGUGGAAAUGGCAAAGGAGUGACAGAAAUCCUAAUGGCAAGUCUACUGCAUCUGUUGCACCUCAAAUGUGGCAACCAGCAAAUGGGAUUCUGAUGACAAAUGACACUAAUGAUGGCAACCCGGAAGAAGCAACUGCUUGCAUUGCAUUGUCCAAAAAUGACUCCUAUGUUAUGUCUGCUUCUGGUGGCAAAGUGUCCUUGUUCAAUAUGAUGACAUUCAAGGUCAUGACUACUUUCAUGGCGCCUCCACCUGCUGCAACUUUCCUUGCAUUCCACCCACAAGACAAUAAUAUCAUCGCUAUUGGAAUGGAGGACUCCACCAUUCAAAUCUACAAUGUCCGCAUUGAUGAUGUCAAAAGUAAGCUCAAGGGCCAUCAGAAAAAGAUUACUGGACUUGCCUUUUCUCAAUCUAUGAAUGUGCUAGUAUCGUCGGGCGCUGAUGCUCAGUUAUGUGUAUGGAGCAUUGAUGGUUGGGAGAAAAAAAAAUCAAGAUACAUCCAACCCCCAGCGAACCGGUCUGGCACUUUGGUUGGCGAUACAAGGGUGCAGUUCCACAAUGACCAGACACAUCUUUUGGUAGUUCAUGAGAGCCAAUUGGCGAUCUAUGAUGGAAAUCUUGAAUGUUUGCGCUCGUGGUCCCCAAGAGAUGCACUCCCAGCUCCAAUCUCGAGUGCAAUAUACUCGUGCGAUGGUCUCUUAGUCUAUGCUGCAUUCUGCGAUGGUGCUAUUGGAGUCUUUGAAGCGGAAUCUCUUCGAUUGCGUUGCAGGAUUGCACCUUCUGCAUACAUUCCGCCUUCAAUACUACCUGGUCCUGGACGCGUUUACCCCUUGGUGGUUGCUGCUCAUCCCGUGGAGCCUAACCAGAUUGCACUCGGUAUGAGCGAUGGUAAAGUCCAUGUGGUUGAGCCAUUAGACGCGGACCCAAAGUGGGGGACAGCACCGCCUCAGGACAACGGAGCGCACCCAGCGAUAUCAGCCGCGCCGUCAGCUGCUAGCAACCAGGCAUCUGAUCAGCCGACAAGGUGACUCGCCCGCAGCACUGAGAUUCGAUAGCGCAAAGAAUGGUAGGACCUGUAGGAGAUAGGGAGAAAAGACAAACAGUUAGAUUAUGAGAGGAGGUCAUAUUCAUCAAGUCCACAGCAUCUCCUCGCUCGUGGCUGCAGCGCAGGUAGUGAUUGAUGAUGACAUUGCUAAGUUAGGUCUUUUUGGUUCUUUUCCACCCCUGAAAAUCCUGACUGCACCUGGCGCUGCCGUGCAUCCGUGGAGAUGGUCUGCCGGCAUCCUCUUCCUCUUUUGUAAAGCUUUUCCUGCUCUGAGCUUAGUGGUACCUUAGAUUGUUGAUUUUCUGCCCUGUUGUUGCGGCAGCUAUUUGUAGUGUACAAAUAUGGUGGUAUGUUGGAUGGUGAUAUUUUGCGUGUCCUGUGAUGAUGGAUUCCAGCAAGUUGAGGGUUUA